AUGUGCGGUAAGCUGGAUGGACCUGUCGAGAUGCAGGAAACUAACUGGGAAGACUUGAAGGAAUUUCUGGUGAAGGCUGCCACUACUUUUCCCAUCCCAUCAAAGCCACCUUUGGAUUUCUGUCGAAAGCAAUGGCCCCCUACAACUGUUCCGACCCUUGGAACAGACACCCCACCAAACCCUACAACUGUUCCGACCACUGGAACAGACACCCCACCAAACCCUACAACUGUUCCGACCACUGGAACAGACACCCCACCCAACCCUACAACUGUUUUGACCACUGGAACAGACACCCCACCAAACCCUACAACUGUUCCGACCCCUGGAACAGACACCCACCAAACCCUACAACUGUUCCGACCACUGGAACAGAUACCCCACCAACCCUACAACUGUUCCGACCACUGGAACAGAUACCCAACCAAACCCUACAGCUGCCAACAAUCAUCCCGUGCUCGUGGCUAA